AUGGCUGCUAAAAUGUAUGUUCUGGAUCCACCGUCGUCGGCAAGCUCUGAAAGUGAUCUUGAGGAAUCCCAGCCAGAAUUUUCAGAGGUAUUUCCAGAUAUUGAGCUAGAUGCAGGAAGAGGUGGGAACUUAUUUAACUCUCCAACUUCACCUACGAAUAUUCCUCAUUAUCCAAGACCACCCUCAACAGGUUCCCAGAAAUCACCACGAUCUAGACGACAAAGAACCACAUCCCUGAAUCAGGUCACUCCAGCUGCUGAAUCUAUCAUCAGAACUCCACAGCGAGCCAUUUACACGGCAGGCAGACCUCCAUGGUAUAACAGCGUUGGACAAAAAGUAGAACCUUUUGUCAUAGGGAUAUGCGGAGGAAGUGCAUCUGGAAAAACAACAGUGGCACAGAAAAUUAUCGAAUCACUGGGAGUACCAUGGGUAACAUUACUUAGCAUGGAUUCAUUUUACAAAGUCUUGAAUGAGAAACAGCACGAUACAGCCGACAGAAACGAAUAUAAUUUUGACCAUCCUGAUGCCUUCGACUUUGAUUUGUUAUUAACCACACUACAGAAACUGAAGCAGGGAAGGAAAGUUGAGGUUCCCAUUUAUAACUUCGUUACACAUUCUAGAGAAGCAAGAACGAAAACCAUGUAUGGAGCCAACGUUAUUAUAUUUGAAGGCAUCUUGACAUUUCACCAUCCGAAAGUAACUGAAAUGCUAGAUAUGAAGGUAUUUGUUGAUACAGAUGCAGAUGUGAGGUUGGCUAGGAGAUUGAAAAGGGACAUAAACCAAAGAGGUAGAGAUUUGGAGGGUGUUCUGAAACAGUAUAUAAAUAUGGUACAACCAUCCUUCAAUCAUUACAUAGCACCCCUCAUGAGUCAUGCGGAUAUAAUAGUUCCUAGAGGAGGUGAGAAUGAAGUGGCCAUUCAACUUAUUGUGCAGCAUGUCCAAUCUCAACUGCAGCUGCGUGGACUAAAAUUGAGAGAAGAACUUGCCCAAGCAUUCGCGUCCAAUAAACAGCCCAGACCUGAUUCUAUUAAACUGUUACCUACCACCCCCCAAAUCAGAGGCCUUCACACAUUCAUUAGAAAUAAGGAGACAUCCAGGGAUGAAUUCAUUUUCUACAGUAAACGCUUAAUUAGACUAGUCAUAGAGUAUACUUUGUCGUUGAUGUCAUUCGUUGAUAAAACAGUGGAUACACCUCAGGGAGUGGUUUACCACGGUAAAAAAACAGCAACGAAUAAAAUUUGUGGUGUAUCAAUAUUAAGAGCUGGAGAAACUAUGGAACAGUCAGUUUGUGAUGUUUGCAAAGAUAUUAGAAUUGGGAAAAUCUUGAUUCAGACCAACUUACAAUCUGGAGAACCUGAACUUUACUACUUAAGGCUGCCUAAAGAUAUCAAAGACUACAAAGUGAUCCUCAUGGAUGCCACAGUAGCCACAGGUGCAGCAGCCAUGAUGGCAAUACGAGUUUUAUUGGAUCAUGAUGUUCUAGAAACCAAUAUCCUCAUCGUUUCCCUCUUAAUGGCCGAAUCUGGAGUACAGUCAAUUGCCUAUGCUUUUCCCAAAGUACAGAUUGUGACAACAGCAAUUGAUCCAGAAAUAAAUGAUAAAUUUUAUGUUUUACCAGGAAUUGGUAAUUUUGGAGAUAGAUAUUUCGGAACUGAACCAUCAGUGAGCUAG